AUGGCUUUCCGUUACAUCUUUGUGCUUAGUGUUCUGGUCGUCCUGGCCCAAGGAUCGUAUGUGGAUAUAGUCGAGCAUGAAUCCUUGGAAGGAGCUUUUCACUCAGGAGGUGUUUCGGCUGCAGCUUCUUUGGCUGGAGUUCCCCAUGGACGUUCAGCGGUUGCCCAACCUCAGCGUCCCGCGUUGACACAUGGCUUAGCAGGACCUGCUAUCAGUGGAUCUCGGACUCAUGUAGCUGUUGGUGGUGCCCUUAAUCGCCCUGGAGCCGGAUCUCCCAAUCGUCAUGUCGGCGGCUCUUUGAAUCGGCAUACUGGCGCAUCCUACAAUCGUCGUACUGGUGGGAACUCUGUUCGUCUAAAUGGUGCAGGUCAUGGCAACGCUCACCCAAAUCUCGACCGAUCCCAGAAGCCUCAUUAA